GGCUCUUAUCUUGCUAAGCAGCCUCAUGUACAGCACCUUGUCAAGGCCUCCUGUAAACCUUCACCAGGAUUUCAUUCUGAGUGAGAUGGGUGAAAUGAUAGAGACGAGGAAGAGAAGAAAACAGAAAUGUCUGAAAGAUCAUACCAGUCAAGAGGAGGCAAAGGCCGAAGAUUCAUCAAUAGAUACAGGCCCAGAGGAAUGUGCUCUAAAAGAUGAGCAAGAGCAAACCCCUGCAGAAGAUAUUCCCCCUACAGAUGAAGAAGAAAUUACAUUGAAAGACGGAAAUGAUGCCAGGGGCAAUAAUGCAAAAAGCAAGCCGGCCCUUCAUCAGUGGGCAAAGGUUUUCUUUGGCAGCUGGGCAGCCAUUGCGAGCGGAAUGUUGUACGCUGUGUACCUUUCUACGUUUCAUGAAAGAAAAUUCUGGUUUUCUAGCAGACAGGAUCUCGAACGAGAAAUCUCUUUUCAGGCAGACAGUGGCUUAUAUUACUACUACUAUAAAAAGAUGUUGCAGGCGACAUCAAUCCAAGAAGGAUUUUUUGAACUGACACAUGAUAACAAGACACUUUCGUUAAGGACCCUUAAUUCAGUGCAGCAAAUCGGCCUGUAUCCGGAGGUGUUUGCUGGCAUUUUGUAUCGUAUUACUGGUAGUCGGGAAACCAUUGAGCCUGUGUAUUUUUACAUUGGGAUUAUAUUUGGGUUGCAAGCUGUCUAUGUGACUGCACUGUAUGUCACGAGCUGGAUGCUGAGUGGGACGUGGAUGGCAGGCAUGCUGACGGUCAUUUGGUACAUUAUUAACAGGACUGACACCACCAGAGUGGAACAUACGGUUCCCUUGAGGGAAAAUUGGGCAUUACCGUACUUAGCACUGCAGGUCGGGGCGCUCACUGGUUAUCUGAAGACCAACAUCAAUUCCACGAUGGAGGUUUUCUCAUAUCUGCUGAUGUGUGCAUCUGCCUUUGCCUUUAUAAUGAUGUGGGAAAUGAGUCACUAUGUACUGUUUGUACAAGCCUUCAGUCUUUUCCUGUUGGAUUGCCUGGAUCUAAUUCAGAGCCAUAAGGUAACAGAAGUGCACAGGAUGUAUUUGAUGUGCCUUGCAUUAGGAUAUUUUACACAGUUCAGAAAUUCCGCUUUGCUCUCUUCCCCACUUCUGAGUUUCAUUGUUGGUUCACACCUGGCGAAGUACAUUCAGCAAAACCUGAAGAAAGGCCACUUUGUAGCAAGGUUGAUGAAAUUACUUCUCCAUUUCUACUUGGUUUUCACUGUGUCAAUUACCUUAAAUCUCGUAAUAAAGAAAAUGCUCCCACAAGAAGAAAAUGAACACAUAUUAAAGUUUUUCGAGGCAAAAUUUGACUUGAAUACUACAAGAGACUUCAGCAUAAAUUUGUUGCUCUGUCAGGAAACCUUCCAGACCCCUUCGCAAGAGUUCUUCGUUCGACUGACCCAGACCUGUUUGCUCCCGUUCUGCAUGUCGGUGCUGCUUAUCUGCCUUUUCUCAACCUUGCAAGUCGUGGCCAGGAAGUUUCGUGAUGUGCCACAAAAAGCUGCUGACUUGUCUGAAAUGGUGAUGAUUGGUGAAAGGCCUGAGGUGGUGUACCACACUCUACAUUUGCUGCUCUUUGGCUCCCUGGCACUGCUGUUCCAAGGCUUGAAGUAUUUAUGGACUCCUUACGCUUGCAUGUUUGCUGCCUUUGGUGUGUGCUCCCCCCAGCUCUGGAUGACCGUCUUUAAGUGGUUACGACUAAAAACAGUGCCUCCAUUGCUUCUGGCUCUUGUGUUGAGUACUGCAGUUCCAACAAUAAUAGGAUUCAGCAUUUGGAAGGAUUUCUUUCCAGAUGUAAUGAGCGAACUCUCUGAACUUAAGGAAUUUUAUGAUUCUGAUACUGUGGAGCUGAUGAACUGGAUCAAACAAACUCCCAGUGCAGCCGUGUUUGCGGGAAGCAUGCAGCUAAUGGGAACUGUGAAACUCUGCACGGGUCGGACAGUGACGACCCACCCACUCUACUCUGAUAGAGACCUGAGGAAACGCACAGAGGAGAUCUACCAGGUCUACUCCAGGAGAUCUGCGGAAGAUAUUUAUAUGAUUCUCACAUCAUACAAAGCCAACUAUGUUAUCAUUGAGGAGGGAAUUUGUAAUGACAUGGGUUCAGUGAAAGGCUGCCGAGUCAAAGAUUUGGUGGAUGUCGCGAAUGGCCAUGCACUUUAUAACGAAGAUGUUAACGACACUAACUACGUGUUUUCACUGUAUGGACGGUUUUGCCAUGAGGUUAAGCUGGACUAUUCACCAUACAUCAACUAUUUCACGCGUGUCUACUGGAAUCAGUCUUACCGUGUGUACAGAGUCAACACCUUGAUAUCUUUUCAAUAUUAAUGAAGAUUGAGUCCACGCCUUCCUUUCUGCUGAAUCUAUUUUUGUGUUGAAAUAACAUCUCCUUUUGCAUAAGGACCUUUUCAUAAAAGACAUUUCUUUUUAACUUAUUUUUUUAUAAAGUAGCCUGAAAUGAGGUACACAUUUUAUCUUUCCCAGAAUCUGCCAACAUUGUUUAUUCCAAAUGGAGGACCUUAAAAAAAAAGAUCAAUGCUAUUAAAACAAGGUAACCGAAAUCUGUUAAA